AUGUCUCUGUUUCUGAAACCUCUCAUCUUCCUACAAGACUCUUAUCUUGCUUUCUUCUCUCUAAUGUUCCAUGGAAGGAGUACUAAAGAUGAAGCUGUAGCUCCCAAGAAGCUUGAAGCAUCCAUUAAUGGUGUGAGGAUAAGCAUCGAAAUGACGACAUGGGGACGACAAUUGAGAACUUUACUUAUAGUUCCUCUAUUCAAGUGUUUGGUGGCUUUGUGUUUGAUAAUCUCCCUCUUAGUUUUCACAGAGUGUAUUUACAUGAAUCUUGUAGUACUCUAUGUCAAGUUGUUUAAGCGGAAACCCGAAAAGUUCUACAAAUGGGAGCCGAUGCAAGAGGACAUUGAGCUCGGGAAUGAAUCCUAUCCCAUGGUCCUUGUCCAAAUCCCAAUGUACAACGAAAAAGAGGUCCUUCAAUUAUCUAUAGGUGCUGCGUGUAGACUAAUAUGGCCACUGGACCGCUUAAUUGUCCAAGUUUUAGAUGAUUCCACAGAUCAAACUAUCAAGGACCUGGUGAACGCAGAGUGUACAAAAUGGAAAAGCGAAGGCAUAAACAUUAAGUGUGAGAGGAGAGAAAACAGAAUUGGCUACAAAGCCGGAGCUCUUAAACAAGGCAUGAAACACAACUACGUGAACCUAUGCAACUAUGUCGCUAUCUUCGAUGCAGACUUUCAACCGGAGCCUGAUUACCUACAACGCUCCGUUCCCUUCCUUGUUCACAACCCUGAGGUCGCUCUUGUCCAAGCCCGAUGGGGAUUCAUGAACGCAAACAAGUGCUUGAUGACGAGGAUGCAAGAGAUGACACUCAACUAUCACUUCAUGGCAGAACAAGAAUCGGGAUCCGUUAGACAUGCCUUUUUUAGCUUCAAUGGAACUGCGGGUGUAUGGAGAAUAGCGGCGAUGGAAGAUGCUGGAGGAUGGAAUGACCGGACCACCGUAGAGGACAUGGACCUAGGCGUUCGUGCUGGUCUUCUAGGCUGGAAAUUUGUCUUCCUACAUGACCUCACGGUGAAAAGCGAGUUACCAAGCAAAUUUAAGGCCUUUAGAUUCCAGCAACAUCGUUGGUCUUGUGGUCCAGCCAAUCUCUUCAGAAAAAUGAUUAUGGAAAUUAUUCGCAAUAAGAGAGUGACGGUUUGGAAAAAGUUGUAUAUGAUCUGCAGUUUCUUUUUCAUACGGAAGAUCAUAGUUCACUUCUUCACUUUCUCCUUCUACUGCGUUAUUCUUCCUACAAGCGUCUAUUUCCCCGAAGUCAACAUUCCAGCUUGGUCAACCUUCUACAUUCCCGGUUUGAUCACCCUCUUCAUCGUCAUUGCGACACCGAGAUCAUUCUAUCUCGUGAUGUUUUGGAUCUUGUUUGAAAACGUAAUGUCUAUGCACCGGACAAAAGGAACUUUCAUCGGCAUAGUUGAAGGAGGAAGAGCGAAUGAAUGGGUUGUCACUGAGAAAUUUGGAGAUGCUCUUAAGACUAAGCUACUUCCUCCGAUUGGAAAACCUCGUAACGGGUUUUUCGAAAGCGUAAACUCGAAGGAGAUUAUGGUUGGGAUAUACAUAUUGUGUUGUGCCUGCUAUGGACUUGUCUUUGGGAACACAUUCUUGUGUCUCUACCUCUUCAUGCAAGCGGCUGCAUUUCUCGUCUCCGGAGUUGGCUUCGUUGGAACUUAA